AUGGGGUUGUUUAAACCGAGGACCAACACAUCUGCUGCUGACCAGAAGACGACCAUUGAGGAGACCCUGGACGAUAAAAUCCCCGACCCUAAUACCAACGAAACCAGCGGCCAGGAAGUCAAACCCAACAGAAAGGAGAGGCGUAAGUUACGGAGCAUACUGCGUAGUCGUCAACAUGCCUCUUCUAAGACCAACGGUAAACGUAAUGAUGUUGACCUUCCCGCACACAUAAUUGUUCCUGCACCACCAAGCACACUGGAUUGGGUCACAGACUGGGAUAUACUCAAAACUCCUUUGAUUCCACGCCAAGGCGACGUAGAUACUCAGAGUAUUUGUGGCUACGGAGGGAUUUAG